AUGAGCAGUUCAAGAAAUCGUUUUACAGAUAUCGAAUUAGAAAACAAACAUUUAGCAGCAUGUGAUGAUUAUAUUAAUUAUAAGUUAUUAUCUCUUGAAGAAGCAAUGAAAGAUUUGGAAAAUAUUUUCGAAGAAAUAAAUCGUUUUAUUACACUAGCUAAAAUAUAUUGUUCAUAUCCAAAUGAGCAUAAUUUAACAAAAGAUGAAUCCGCUGCAAUAUAUAUUUAUAUGAUGGAAAUAUCGGAUGAUUCAAGUAUUUAUUGUAUUUUAAAUGAAACACUUCAUCUAGAAGAUCGAUCAAAAGUUUUUCCAUGGUUUGGAUACUUAAAACUUUUACAUUCUGCAAUAUCAAAAUUACCUAAAUUUCAAGGAACUAUUUUUCGUGGUAUUAAUAAAGAUGUUAUUAUGAAAUUUGAAAAAGAUCAACGAAUUACUUGGUGGGGUAUAACUUCAUGUUCAACAUCUAUUGAUAUUAUUUCUUCAUUUCUCAAUAAAUCGUCUACAAGCACAUUAUUUCAUAUUGAUUGUUUAAAUGGAAGAUUUAUUUCAUCAUAUACAUGCUAUCCAAAUGAAAACGAAGUUAUUUUAAUGCCUGAAACAAUACUUCAAGUUGUAUCUAUUAAACCAUUAAAUCAUCAUAAUAAAUUAAACAUUAUUCAUUUGAAAGAAAUUAAUGAUGAAGAAUUAUCUAGAUCCAUAAAUUUAAUUAGUACGACUACUAUAUCAGAGGAUCCAAGAACAAUAGAUGAAAUAUCAAUUGAAUUUCAAUCAGUACACAUAAAAACUAAAUUUCAACAAUUUGGAAUUACUGUUGCUGGAGGAAAUGAUAAAGGACAUGAAUUAAAUCAACUUUCUUCACCUCUAGCUAUGUUUGUUGAUAGUGAUAAAUCAAUUUACAUUGCUGAUGGAAGGAAUGCUCGUAUUGUUAAAUGGGAAUUCAAUUCAAAUAUUGGGCAAAUCAUGACAGAUGGAAAUGAAAAUAACAAAUUGAAGUGGCCAGUAGAUAUUAUUUUUGAUAAAAAAAAUAAUUCUUUCGUUAUUUCUGAUUUGGGAUACAGUCGAAUAAUUCGAUCUUUUGGUCAAAAUCAAGAAAUUCUUUUUUCAAAUAUUGAUUGUCACGGAUUGACAAUUGAUAAAAAUGGAUUUAUUUAUAUUUGUAAUCAUAUGAAUAAUGAGAUAAGACGAUAUGAACAUGGAGAUAUAAUUGGUGAAUUGGUUGCAGGUGGAAAUGGUCGGGGAAAUAAUCUUAAUCAACUUAACGAACCUCGUAAUAUCUUUAUUGAUGAAGAUUCUUCUCUUUAUAUAUCAGAUUCUUUGAAUCAUCGUAUAGUAAAAUGGAAAAAAGAUGCAAAAGAAGGAAUUAUUGUUGCUGGAGGAAAUGGUCAAGGAAGAAAUCUUAAUCAAUUGUCUUUUCCUCAAGGAGUGAUUGCUGAUCAUGCAGGUCAAAUCUAUGUGGCAGAUUCUUCGAAUCAUCGAAUAAUGCGUUGGUGUGAAGGAGAUAAAGAAGGUGAAGUUGUUGUUGGUGGAAAUGGUGAAGGAAUUCAAUCAAAUCAGUUGAAUUGUCCCAGGGGUUUAUCAUUUGACAAUGAAGAAUAUCUUUAUGUUCUUGAUCAAGGAAAUCAUCGCAUUCAAAGAUAUAAGAAACGGAAAGUGAGGACGUGA